UUUGUCCUGCAGGGGGAGCUAGUGACCGCGUCUAAAGCCAUCAUUGAGAAGGAGUACCAACCAUGUGUCAUCGUCAGUAAAACUGGACCGAACCCCUUCAACAAGCUCACAGACCAGGAGCUGGAGGACUAUCGCAAGGAAGUGCAGCUCAAGCAGAAAGGCACAGAAGGUCAGACGCAGGAGGCAGAAGAGGAGAGAGAUCCCGGCUCACCUGUGCUUGCGGAGGAAGAGGCCCAGCAGCAGCAGACGUUUAGAGACGAGAGUGACGCCGCCGCCGCUUUAAGACAGACCCUCCCCGAUCUGACCCCCGACGAAGUCUCCGCCCUCCCUGCAGAAGACCCCGCCCCCGAGCAGACAGACUCCGCCCCUCCGCCAGAGGGGGAGGAGCCUGUUGCCGGGGACGACGAGGCUGGUGAUCACGGCAGCGACGAAUCGCCCAACAAAUCCCCGUCAAAGAAGAAGAAAAAGUUUCGCACCCCGUCGUUCCUAAAGAAAAACAAAAAGAAGUCUGAAACCCAGUGAGGAAGCUUUGCUCCGGCAAUACCGUUCUUGUUUUUUUAUUAAACCCUCAGAUUGUUUUUAUUCUUUUAAUAAGUGCUGGCUGAAGUGCACUUUAAAGUGCGGCUCGUUAAGCAUGUUUUUUUAUAAACCAGUAACCACCGUAAUGUAUCGCAAAUGUAUCCGAUGUUACUGUUAGAGGAAAUGAAUUGAUGAAAGACUUCCUCCUGGUGUUUAAUGAAAGCCUUUGCUCUGCUGCAUCUAUAAACACCUGGAGCGAAAUGCCUCGUAUGAUCAUAACAUCUCGCCUGAGUGUAAACGUGCUUGCGAUAAUAGAGUUUUUGGAUGGAAGUCGAAUGAGUUUUUGAAACGUGUGAAUCUCACAAAACCCGUGUAUCGCACAUUUCGCCCUGAAGUCUGAGGAAUGAAGACAUUCUUUGUUAUCUUUAAAGAAAAUGAAGCCUUUAUUGUGAUAUUUUCAUAACAAAUACGCACAUUUUCCUCCCGAUUAUCUGCAAAAUAAAUUGUUUUUGUUGCUAUGAAAAUAAUGACGACAUGCAAAAUCUCUUAUUUUUAAGAAAUGAAUUUCUUUAU